CAUCAAAUACCACUUCACCAAAUCAACAAUAUUUCACCUUGCAUAAUGUGUAGUGUCAAAUUAUUAGCCCUUCCUCUUUUCAUAGCCACAGUCUUACUUCUACCCGUUCCCUUCAACGCCCAACAAACACCUGAAGACUAUCUGAAUGCUCACAACCAAGCUCGAGCAGUCGUUGGACUUGGACCUAUGAGCUGGGACAAAAAAGUAGCAGCCUAUGCACAAAACUACGCAAAUCAGCACGUCAGUGAAUGCAACCUUGUGCACUCGGAGGGGCCUUAUGGCGAGAACUUGGCAUGGGGUAGUGGAGACCUUUCAGGCGAAGAAGCUGUGAAAAUGUGGGUUGAUGAGAAAACUUAUUACGACUAUAAUUCUAAUUCUUGUGUUCCUGGCGAGGUUUGUGGCCACUAUACUCAAGUAGUCUGGCGCGAAUCGGUUCGCCUAGGGUGUGCUAAGGUUACCUGCACUAAUGGAGGAACCUUCAUUGGAUGCAAUUAUGAUCCUCCUGGUAAUUAUAUUGGGAAACGACCUUAUUAAUCAUAAUGUCGUUUAGAUUUACCCAAGGAUAAAAUAUGUCCUGGUUCAUAUCCAAGACUAUAAGAAUAUGAUUUCUGUCUUCCGGUUUCAGCCUAGAUUAAGUUGACCAAGAAAAAAUGGAAUAAAAUAGAAUAUGAUAUAUGUCUUCCUGAUUUCCAGCAUGGAGAUUUGCUUUUGGUUAUUUGUAAAGGGGCAAGAUUUUUAAGCCAAAUAGAAUAAAAUAAAAUAUUACGAGUUUGUCCUCA